AUGCGCGUGCCGCCGGAUCAGCCGCAUCAGCAAGACGAGCGGUAUCGGUCACCUGAACCGUCGCACCCUUUCGUGACACCAAAUGAUUAUGGGUUGAAGCUACCUAAACCCAGAGACCUGGACUGGCAUGGAUUUUCUAAGUUCACGGGUAAAGAGACAUAUCCAGGUGUGGGCGCAAACUUUAAAGCAUGGGGAAUACGCUUCCUACAACGGCUUGGCGCAGCACAGAUGAUGAGCGGGGGUGAUUGGCUAGAAGAGCUCAAGAUUCUUGCAUUGAGCGGCAAGCUGGAAGGUUCAGCUCUCAGCUACUACGAGAAGAUGCUACCAGUAUGGUGUGCUGUGUCGAACACACUAGAGCACGUCAUGAACAGCAUGUUGAUGCUGUACAUGACUCCGAUACCAUCUACGAAAGGAAUUGAUCUCAUGACGAGAGAAAAAGAGCACAGCAAGACAUGGCCUGAGCAUUACCAGUACUUGGUGUACGUGGCGGAGCGAUCUGGCAACUCGGAGCAGAGUGUUUUUGAAUGUCUAUGCAGUCAGCGCCAAGUCAGCGCCUGGACACAUUAA